AUGGCUCGCACUCGCGAUUUGAGGCCGAAGUCUCUUACUCCCGACGAGGAAAAGAUCUUAUCGACGUGCCAUGCAAUGUCAAAGCUCACUCAAGAACAAUGGGGCGCUUUUAAUGCCUGGGUGGCAGCUAACAGUCCACCAAGACGCGACGCAAAGUCAUGGAUUGCAACUACCCACGACCUUGAAUACAAUACAUUCUCAACUUCAGAGAUCGGCUUGCUGAUAAAGCGAGCCAAAUUUUUAUAUGGCAUGGAGAUUCCCAACCAAAACAGCCAAAAGGAGUUUGUAUGGCGCAAAGUGAGGGACCAUGAUAUUGCCAACUUAUACGAAAAGACAGGUCUAAUGUCUAUAUACGAUUUUACCUCUUGCGUCAUUAAGUCUAAUGGCAUCCUAACGGCUAAACUAGCCCAAGCUCUUCAGAAAAGUAUUACAAUAUUAGAAGAUGUUCCCCUAGAUUCUAAGGACUGGCAUCCUGGUAGUGAAGAUUAG